AUGGGAGAAAGCGAAGAGUUUGUUUCUCCGCUUGACCUGGCAAAAAGGUUAAGAUCCAAUAUGUACGACCCUUCUGAAGCGCUUCUGUCUAUACAGUGUCUAAGCAAGCCCUUUUCCAUAAAUAAGGAUCAGGUCAGGGCAGUAAGAAGGCUUUCAAAAUUUCUUUUCUGCCUUACCUUGGACAGGGAUGUGCUUGUGUCCCUAGUGUUCAAUCAUGAGACAAUUGAUACAUUCAUGAACUUUAGCAAGAUAACUAUGCACAGGAUGUAUGAUGGAAUUUAUUAUAAUGUUGAUAUCGAACUGUGA